CGGUUGCUUUAGCGUCGUGGCGCCGGCUGUUGCACGUCGCGUGUUUAAUCGAGAGAUAUACAGAAGAGAUACAUAAAACCCCUAGUUCUUAAACACUAAAUAUAAAUGUCACGUGCGUGUUGAACUGACAACUGCUUGGAGCUAGUGAUGGUGGUCCGAUGGUUUGAGUUGCGGACGAAACUGUUGCAUUGGUGAUGCGAUUGCUCGCGUGGAAUUCACUGAUUAUGUUCGAUAUCGUGUUUGUGUUCUUCCUCUUCUUGGUGGGAGUCACGUGUCUGGUCUACUACCUGCCAGGUAGAAGAGUCAUGGAGUCGGACGACAACAGGCCCCUGCAGUGCUACGUCACUGUAACAUCGGUUGGGGAUGUGCAGAGAUCUCCGAUCGACCAUGUUUGAGAGGAGCUUAUGCAACGUUUCCAAGCAUCGAACAUCAGUCAACCGUAUGGGGCUAACCGACCAGCCACCCUGGGGGAUCUACUGACAGCCCGUCCCUCAGGUCUUACCGAACCCGAAGCUUGGGCUGUUUUGUGUCAAUCGGUGCAGGCCUUACAAGAUCUUUUUUUGUCCGAUGGAGUUAACAACGAUUCUUGCCUACCACUAGUCACCCCAAAUUCCGUGAUUUUAUCUGCUAAGGGUAGAGUGGAAUUACAACAGAAUACAUCCCAUGGAUUCAUUCCCCCACCCCACCUUUCCGGGUAUCUUGCCCCUGAGUACAGGCCGAACAAACAUUGGACAGAUACAGAAACCGAGAAGAUGUGGAUAUACGGUCUUGGAGAGACGAUGAAAAGAGCAAGUUUAACCAGCCACGCAGCCACCUCACGGCUCAGCAUCGAACUAUGCAGGGUUCUAACAGAUAUGACUCGCUUUCCAGCAUCCUCCAGGGCAUCACUUAUGAACUUGUUGGACGUCAUAUCAGAGUAUUGCAAGCAACGCCAACAAAGUCGUCCUUUUUCCCAUAUAGUGAUGGAUCUUCAUCAGGAGGCGAUGGCAGCCAUAGAAUUAGCCCUAGAAACUCCUUGGGGUCCACCAGCGAUGCGAGAAUGGAAACCAAGAAAUUCACACAUGAGCGUUUCCAACCAAACCGAACAUACCACCGGAACUGUGCCAAGAAUGUGGCCUGGUUUUGCGAAAUCCAAAACGACAAAAGAAGCCAGUACGAGCAUGGAAGAUGUGACAUAUAUGCCGGAAAAUGGGCUGCCAGGGUCGGUGUGUAGGCCUAAGUCCAUGUGCGUACCCCAUUCUUCUUACUACGUUAGUGAAAACAUCUAUGAUGAGCUCACCAAUUCGAACAAUAGGUUUAGUGAACAUAGACACCACGUUAGUGAUGGUCAGGGUGAUUUUAAGAUGCCAAGGCCGGCGAAAAAGUGCUCUUGUGAAACGGUGUGUGACAGUUCCUGUGCCAGGAAGUUCAGGAGAGGUAGAAGGAAUCCUGUUCAGCGGGCAGCUUCUAGGUUAUAUAGUGCUGGAAAAACGGAAACGAAAUGUGGCUCUUCAGGAGACUGCAUUGGACCAGAAUUUGUGGUGAGAGCUUCUCUGCCCAACAAAAAAUUAGCUUUACCAGAUCCCAAAAACAGCAGUAGAAAAAAUGUGCUGGUAAUUCUACUCAAUGGUCAAAAGCUGGAUGUUUUAUGUAACCCCUCUACAACCACAGCAGGUCAAUUGUUUGAGCUCAUUAUUCAGAAGGAACACAUUGAGGAGAACUUCAUGUUGGGUAUAUCUGCUCUUAUAGCUGGUGAUUUCGUAUUUCUACCAUCGGACACAAGAAUUUGUAAGGCCAUGCAGCCCGCAGGAUCCCCUGAUGACUUACUAGGAACUCUGACGCUAUUUAUGAGGGUCAGGUUUUUUCUGCCUUCUUUAAGAGGUAUCCGUAGCCCACAAGCUCGCCAUCUGUUGUAUCUUCAGUUGAGGAGGUCGAUUUUGGAACACCAAUUGCCUUGUUCUUUCUCUCAGCUCAUAGAGAUGAAUGGAUUUGCGAUGCAAGCUGAGUUUGGCGACUAUAGGGAUAAGGAACAUGGGACUAGCGACUAUUUUUUAUUGGAACAUUACGUACCAGACACGAUGUCUUGCGCACUUGAUGACCAUAAAUAUCUGAGGGAAGAACUGGUGAAAGCUCAUAAGUCUAAGUGUGGAAUGAACCGGGAAAAGGCGGAGGAGGAUUUCAUCAGCUGUGCCCAAAAACUGUCCCAUUACGGUGGUCAUUUUUAUACUGCCGCUUGGACUCUCAAGGACAAUACCUCCAAGGAUGUCUGGUUGUACAUUAGUGCGCAGGGGAUAAAUUUGUAUAAGAGAGGUCAAACAACAAGUAACUGUGGUCCGGAGCUUUAUGAAAUGUUCGACUGGAAAAACAUCCAGACGUUAUGUUAUAGCAAACGUUACUUAUGUGUUAUUCCAAAAGAAAAUAAAUUCUUUGCGUCGAAAUUGAAGAAGUACAAACUGAAAAUGGAUCAUAAGAAGAGCUACUUUACUUUCCGUUUGGCCUCCCUUCACCACCAAUUCUUCCUGAGGCUUAGGACUGAAUAUGCAUCUCUCCAAUCCCUUUCUCAACAAUUCGGCAUUCCUCUAAAAGAUAUGAAGAACGAGACGAACUCCCUCUAUAAGUUGGAAGCCCUCACGGAUUACAAAGACCUGGACGUAGGCACAGUCAACGCAGAUACCGAAUUCAGGAUAGAGUUCAGACCGUCAUCCAGAAACAGCGACCUAUCUGAGAACUACAAGUACAGGAGAUCAAAGAGCGCAGAUGAUUUUCCGAAUGGAGACGACAAGGAGAAGUGGAAUUCUAGGUAUGUGGUGGAAAAGAAAAUGGAGGAGAAUAUUUCAUCCCACGAAAAUCAGUACGUGACUGGUGUCCCUAGUGUGGCGGAUAAGAGAAGGGGUGUGAAAAUGGGUACAAGGGCUAUCGGAGGAACAGGCUGUAGAAUAUCAAGGUCGAUGGAGGCUGUGAACGCUAGAGACGAUUUGGAAAGUCUAUCGUUACAGUCGGUAUCACUGCACUGCAGCUCCAAUUCCAUUAGGCUGUCUGGCAGGGAGUUAUUGUCUCCCUCUUCAAAUGCUUACAUACUGGAUUCAACGAUAAAGGCCUGUAGCAACAUUUUGCCAGAUUUUCAUGAAAGUCUCAGCGAAUCUCUCAUUGAUAAGUUCAACAACAUAUCAUUUGCCGAAGAAAGAGUAUUUUCAACUGUCACCGUAGAGAAAGAUAGAAAGGGCUCUUUAGGUAUACAAAUAACGCAAGGAUCUGAUGGUAAUGUAUAUAUCCAGACGGUUAUAUUAGGAGGAGCUGCAUAUUCGACUGGAAAAAUGAUGGCAGGUGAUCAGAUUGUCGCUGUUGAUCGUCAAAAUCUCCUUGGCAUUAAAUAUGAGGAUGCCCUGAAUAUGCUGAAGUCCACAGGACAAAAAGUAGAGUUCAUUCUAUCGCGGAAUGUACCAAGUUCCAAGACUCAACACUCGAUAGACGCGAACUGUUUGAGUGCUAGGAUAAAUCUCUCUGAUUUCAACGAUCAUAAUCUGACGAAUCUGAGACUGGAGAAUACCAUGAAUAAACUGAAGAAAUUAGCCAGCGCACCGACCAGUCCCAGAGAACAUUUCAUUAUAAACGAGGAAGUCUCUGAAGAGAAGCACAUGACGGAGAGUUGUAUGGACCUCUCUAACACAAGGAAGUAUGGGAGGAAUUUUAAGACUGACGUGCCAUAUCAUAAGCAUAUCCGCUAUGAGAUUGAAUCAGAAAAUAUGAGCGAUAAGGAAAAUUCAGACCUAAAGAAGCAAUUCUCCAUGUCUUGCAACAGAUUGAAUGAUGGCCAAGAGAAUUUGAAUAUGAAUUACCAUUCCUUGGAUCGUAAACUUCUCAAAGAUUUGAAAGAAGAAAACUUUUGUAAGGAGGCAAUUCCACCGAUAGCUUUGCCAAGAAGCUUGGGACUUGGCCGAAAAUGGAGGGGGCCAGUGAGAUAUCCUGUAACGCCUGUGAAGAAGCUGGAGAACGAUGACAGAGACAAUGGAUUCGAUGCAACCACUACAUCAGAUGAAGAACAGGUGUUUAUUUGAUAUAUUUUCUGUUUAGGCUUGUCCGAUAUUUUUGUUACAUUCAAAUCGUCACUGCUUCGAACUUAUUUUUGAGACGAAUCAUAUCGUUACAUCAAUUUCUACUGACCAAAAUGUAUUAGUGAAUUGAAUAAUAGAGCUUCCUUAGAUAAAUGUCAAGUGCCGAAAUCAUUGAAGAUAAUAAAGUUGAAAAAAAUAAGAAUAUCUCUUGAAACACUCAACACAUAAAUGAUGAGUGAUUAGUAACUAACGUAUAUUUUCUCUUAUCAUAAAUGGAUAUGAAUAUUACUGAUAUAUAGUUGUAUAAUCAAAAUUGGUUGCAUUUAAGUGAUUCGGAAUAAUUUAUCUCAACCUGGAGUCUCAUAAUAUGAGGGAUAUUUUUGAUUGAACCUCAUCAAAAUAUUAUCUUUGCAUUAUCGUAAACUAUAAUCAACCCCUUAUUUUUCAUAUCGUAUAAAACAUAUCAUUUGAAUGAACUAUUCGGAACUGUGAGGAAAAUAAAGCUGAGCUCUUAUAAGUAGAAGCUGAAUUGAUCUGAACAGAUUGUUGAUUGUUGAAAUUGAUAAAAUAUUCAAACUUGAAGGAAUUAUUUGAUGGAUCUUUAAAUCAUUAUUUCAUCGAAUUUGCAUAUUUCAGUACUAAUAAAUAAUUAUAUGUGAUGUUAGAAUGAAUAGUGAUAACUUAGUAAGGCCAUUGUAAAUCGUGCCUAAUUAAAAACAGUCUGAAUAAAAACGUAUAGAUAAUUACUAUAUACUUAGAUAAUAUGAAAAUGAAUAUUUAUCAUCAU